GCAAUUCAGCCAGCAUACAUGUGUGCAUGUGUUGUACCAAUGUGUAUGUGUUUUAUAAACGUUGGUGACAUUAUCUAAAACAAACAAGAACAAAAGGAAAUUGUUCUUCUCUUCAGUGUUGUUCUCUAUUUCUUUUUCUUUGCAUUUUUAUCAUCAUUAUCAUCAUCAACCUUGUCAGUGUCGUCAACAGUUAGAUUGGAACAAAAAUACACAAAGAAAAACGUUUACAUUAUUACUACCGAUUAAUUGUUUGUUAAUGAUUAACGAAUUUCAUCAAAUUGUUUAAAGGUGAAUUCAUAAUUUACUUUAAAAGUAAAACUCAUUUAUUCCACCGUAUCAAUAGUGCUGCUCUUGUAUACUACAUAUUCCUAAAAUUAUUGUAAACAAAUUGAACAAUGGAAACAGCAUUUUCUAAGACAGUUGAUGAAGUACUGCAUUAUUUCGAUGCAGAUCCAGAAACUGGUCUAAGUGAUGAUCAGGUGAAAAAACAAACUGCUAAAUUUGGUCCAAAUGAACUUCCUGCUGAAGAAGCUAAAGCAAUUUGGCAACUUGUCCUUGAACAGUUUGAUGAUUUACUGGUCAAAAUUUUACUACUGGCUGCAAUUAUCUCAUUUGUACUUGCUCUAUUCGAAGAGAAUGAAGAAAGUAUCAGUGCAUUUGUGGAACCACUUGUUAUCCUGCUUAUAUUAGUUGCUAAUGCUGUAAUCGGGGUCUGGCAAGAACGUAAUGCUGAGUCGGCUAUUGAAGCAUUGAAAGAAUAUGAACCGGAGAUAGCUAAAGUAUUUCGAAAAAGUCAUUAUGGUAUUCAACGAAUUAAAGCUCGAGAAUUGGUACCUGGUGAUAUUGUUGAAGUAUCAGUUGGUGAUAAAGUCCCGGCUGAUAUGAGAAUAAUUAAAAUUAUGAGUACAACUUUACGUGUGGAUCAAUCAAUUUUAACUGGUGAAUCUGUCUCUGUCAUUAAAUUCACUGAUGCUGUACCAGAUCCAAGAGCUGUAAAUCAAGAUAAAAAGAAUAUUUUAUUUAGUGGUACUAAUAUUGCAGCUGGUAAAGCUAGGGGUAUAGUUGUUUCAACUGGUCUUAUGACUGAAAUUGGUAAAAUUCGUAAUCAAAUGAUGGAUACCGAACCAGAUAAAACACCAUUACAACAGAAAUUAGAUGAAUUUGGACAACAGUUAUCAAAAGUUAUUUCAAUUAUUUGUAUUGCUGUAUGGGCAAUUAAUAUUGGACAUUUCAAUGAUCCAGCACAUGGUGGUUCUUGGAUAAAAGGAGCUAUUUAUUAUUUUAAAAUUGCUGUUGCAUUAGCUGUUGCUGCUAUUCCUGAAGGUUUACCAGCUGUCAUUACUACAUGCUUGGCAUUGGGUACACGUAGAAUGGCGGCUAAAAAUGCUAUUGUUCGUUCACUUCCAUCUGUGGAAACGCUGGGGUGUACAAGUGUGAUUUGCUCUGAUAAAACAGGUACAUUGACCACGAAUCAAAUGAGUGUAUGCAGAAUGUUCAUCUUUUCGAAAGCUGAUGAUAAAACACCAGAAACAUAUCAUUUUGAAAUAACUGGAUCUAAAUAUGCACCAGAAGGUGAAGUAUUUUUAGAUGGUCAUAAAAUUGAAUCUGGUGAAUAUGAAGGACUAGUUGAAAUUGCAAAUAUUUGUGCCAUGUGUAAUGAUUCAGCUAUUGAUUAUAAUGAAGCUAAACAUGUUUAUGAAAAAGUUGGUGAAGCGACUGAAACUGCAUUAUCUUGUUUAGUGGAAAAGAUGAAUGUUUACAAAACUUCCAAAUCUGGAUUAUCUAAGAAAGAUUUAAGUAUGGUUUGCAAUCAUCAAAUUCAGGCUAUGUGGAACAAAGAUUUUACCCUGGAAUUUUCACGUGAUCGUAAAUCAAUGUCGGUUUAUGUACAGGCUAAACCAGCAUUUGCAUCCAAAGUUCCAAAUACUGCUGGUUCCGGAGAAACAGGACCAAGAAUGUUUGUUAAAGGUGCACCGGAAGGUGUAUUGGAUCGAUGCACCUUUGUACGUAUAGGUAAUAAGAAAGUACCAAUGACACCUGCAUUGAAAUCGGAAAUUGUGAAACAUGUAGCCUCUUAUGGAACUGGUCGUGAUACAUUAAGAUGUUUAGCAUUAGCAACAUGUGAUGCACCAGUGAAUAAAGCACAAAUGGAUUUAGAAGAUUCAACUAAAUUUAUCAAAUAUGAACAAAAUUUAACAUUUGUUGGAGUUGUCGGUAUGUUAGAUCCACCACGUAUGGAAGUAUUUGACAGUAUAGCAAGAUGUCGUAAAUCUGGUAUACGUGUUAUCAUGAUAACUGGUGAUAAUAAAGCAACAGCUGAAGCAAUCUGUCGACGUAUUGGUAUAUUCGGUGAAGAUGAACCAACUAGUGGGAAAUCUUUUACUGGACGUGAAUUUGAUGCACUCCCUAUUGAAGAACAAAGAGAAGCAUGUAGACGAGCUCGAUUGUUUGCACGUGUUGAACCGAUGCAUAAAAGUAAAAUUGUUGAAUUUCUUCAAGAAGAUGGUGAAGUAUCUGCUAUGACUGGUGAUGGUGUGAAUGAUGCCCCGGCGCUUAAAAAAGCCGAAAUCGGUAUUGCUAUGGGUAGUGGUACAGCUGUUGCAAAAUCAGCAGCUGACAUGGUGUUAGCUGAUGAUAAUUUCACUUCAAUUGUUUUAGCUGUUGAAGAAGGACGUGCUAUUUAUAAUAAUAUGAAACAAUUUAUUCGUUAUUUGAUUUCAUCAAAUAUUGGUGAAGUGGUCAGUAUAUUUUUAACUGCUGCAUUGGGUCUACCUGAAGCUUUAAUUCCAGUACAACUUCUAUGGGUCAAUUUAGUCACUGACGGUUUACCAGCUACAGCUUUAGGAUUUAAUCCACCGGAUUUAGAUAUUAUGGAUCGUCCACCAAGAAAUAUUAAAGAUCCUUUAAUUUCUGGUUGGUUAUUUUUCCGUUAUGUUGCAAUUGGUGUUUAUGUUGGCUGUGCAACAGUUGGUGCUGCAGCUUGGUGGUUUAGUCUUUAUCCUAAAGGACCACAAUUGAAUUAUUAUCAAUUGACACAUCAUAUGCAAUGUUUGGCAGAAAAGGAUAACUUCCAUGGAAUCGAUUGUCAUAUAUUUGAAAAUCCUAAACCAAUGACUAUGGCAUUAUCUGUUUUAGUGCUUAUUGAAAUGUUUAAUGCAUUGAACAGUUUGUCAGAAAAUCAAUCAUUGGUUGCUAUGCCUCCAUGGGUAAAUAUAUGGCUUGUACUUGCUAUGAUUGUUAGUAUGUCAUUGCAUUUCAUGAUUUUAGAAGUUGACUUUCUUUCAAAAGUUUUUCAAAUCACUCCAUUAUCAUUAGAAGAAUGGUUUAUGGUGAUUAAAAUCUCUGCACCAGUAAUAUUUAUUGAUGAAACAUUGAAAUUAAUUGCUAGACGAUUUACAGAUGUCCCUUCCACUGUCGGUGAAAUGAAAUAAUCACGAUAAGAAUAAAUAUUAACAAUACUGUUAAAUUAAAUAAAACAAACAUUGUCCAUCAUUGUAACCCCUCUCUAUUUCUGAUUUAAUAUACUAUUCAUUUCUUUAAUAUUAUUCCUACCUAUUCGUUUAUUCCCAAACUCCUUUUUUUCAUCAAUUGAAUUGUCCUUAUAUUGAAUUAGAUUUUGUUGUUAUUGUUCUUCUAAUUCAUAAAUUGUUUUCACCGAUCAAAAAAAGCAAAACAAGUCAUCCAUCAUAUGACAUUGAGCAUUGACUUUAUAUUAUUCAAUACAGUUGUUAGUUCAGUGAUAGUUGAACAAGAUGGAGGAUUAUUAUAGUGUGUUGUUUGAAAUGUAGAUCUAUGUAUGUCUGUUUUUUUUGUUAGUUAAUUGAGAUUGUAUAUGUUCAAACAACAAAUAUGAUGUAAUGUUGAAACGAUCUACUUAUUAUUCUUGAUUUCAGUGUACUUUUUCAACUGUCCUCAAUCCUUUUUUUAAAAAAAACCAAGUAUACAUUUUAGAAUAUGAUGUUAACUUAAUAUUUUACAUGAGAACUCCUCUUAAUAUUCUCUCUCAUACAAGCAUGAUGGUAUCUAUCAGCUAGUGUAACCCAAAUAGAAAUAACAUGUGUGUGUGUGUGUGUCUGUGUGCUCGUGUUCAUAGUACAGUUAUUCUUUUAUUUUUCGCCAAAAAGUAGCUAUCCACAGAAUAUUAUAUAUGUUCCCAUUACACCUACUCCUGAAGUCGGAGUUCUCGUUUUUUUUUCUCCUGUCUAGUAAGUAACUCAAUCAUUUUAUCUUACAAUGUGUUUGUUUAUUCUUACUUUUUCGAUUUCUUCUCUUGUGAAAUAAAUUUCAUAUUGUAUGUUGAAUCUUUUCUAAUCUCUUUCUCUAUUUCUCUAUUUUUCUUUUUUUUCGAGGGAGAAUAAUAUUCAAAUUUAAUUUAAAAAUCAAUAACAAUUUAUGCAUUUCUCAACCUAGUUAGAGAAUUUUGUCAUCUUAAAAUGAAUAGUUUACAAAUUUUCAAAAAUCUUUUUUUUUCUUAUUAUUAUUUUAAAUAUUCAUUCAAUUGUUCAAUUGACAUAAACAUUGGAACAAUUGAAUAUAUUAUCAUCACAACUAUUUAUUCAAUCGAAUCAACUUUCUUAUAUUCAUUCACCUUCUUAUUGACUGACACUAUUGAUCGAAAAAAUCUUGACAUUCUAAUUUUUCCUUGUUUUAAAACAAAAAAAAAGAGUAUAUAAGUUCUCCCACAAAAUGAAAGAGAUAGAAAAGAGACGUGAAUACCAUGUUCCUUCAAACUAUUCAAUUGAUCAGAUCAAUUUAUCACGUGAGAAAAUGCAUCAACAUGCACUGACACGUCAACAAUAAAGAAAAAAAACUAGAACAAACAAACAAACGAUAAUCAUACAAAAUUGUAGAAAACAAAUUGAUUAAUUUUUUGUGUGUUUUGUUUUUUCCAUAAUAGUUUUAGUUGUUUACACAUAGAUUAAAGUUAUUAUUAUUAUUUAAUAUUGAA